UUCCCGACAAACAAGCAAAACCCACAACCACAAUCUUGCAGCAAAUCAAUUGACCACCACGUACUGAACAAUCACAGCAACAGACGACCACUAAUCGCUCAAUUCAAUUACUGGUGGUCUAGGGGUCCUAUAUGCUUGUCCAUGGCAGGCGGCUCGGCCUGCUCCUUGGCCGUAGCCAUGUAGCAGCUCCAAAACACACGUCCCACCUCCCACGGCGAACGGUGCAUCUCAACCACUUUGUCUCCAAAGGCGAAGCGGCGUCCGAGGCCGAACCACCGCAAAGUACCUUCACCGUCGCCGUAAAAGACAACAUCGCUACGCAAGCACACCCGACUACAUGCGCCUCCAAUAUCCUCCGCGACUAUACCUCGCCCUAUGAAGCUACCGUCGUCCGGCAGCUGCGCAGACGGGGUGCGCGCGUCGUCGGCACCACGAACCUCGACGAGUUCGGCAUGGGCACCCACAGCACGCACUCGGCCCACGGCCCCGUCGCCAGCCCGGCUGGUCGCUCGGCCGGCGGGAGCUCCGGCGGCAGCGCCGUGGCAGUGGCGGCCGGCGAGGUGGAGGUCGCGCUCGGGACGGACACGGGCGGCAGUGUGCGACUGCCGGCCGCCUACAACGGCGUCGUUGGAUUCAAGCCCAGCUACGGCAUGCUCUCGCGCUACGGGGUCGUUCCGUACGCCAACAGCCUCGACACCGUGGGGCUCCUGGCGCGGUCCGUCGAGAGGAUACGGGACUUAGUGGUGGGGGAGGGCUUGUGGGCGCAGCAUGACGACAAGGACCCGACCAGCUUGUCUGCUGCGGCGAGGUUGCGGUGCGCAAGUGGCAGGACGGGGUACAAGGGGGAGGCUGCAAAGGUCGGCUGGGAGGGUUUGACCUUUGGCAUUCCGCUAGAGUAUAACAUCUUCGAGCUCGACCCGCUGAUAAGAGAAGCAUGGGAAGAAGUCGCGGCCUUGCUGCAAAGCCUCGGGGCAAAUGUGGUACCCGUGUCGUUGCCCACGACGCGCCAGGCCCUAUCUGCGUACUAUGUGCUCGCCCCGGCCGAGGCGUCCUCGAACCUGGCAAAGUAUGAUGGCGUACGCUACGGAAACCCUGGGCCAGAAUCGGAGAAUGAAGGGGGUGUUUUGUAUUCGGCUGCUCGUGGCGCCGGAUUCGGCGACGAGGUCAAGCGCAGGAUAUUGCUGGGCGCCUACAGCCUCAGCUCCGAGGCUAUGGACAACUACUUUGUGCAGGCGCAAAAGGUGCGCCGACUCGUCAGGGGCGACUUUGACCGAGUUUUCCUCCUCGACAAUCCACUUGUCGACAAGGAGCCCACCGAGGAAGGGUUCGGGGAAGAGGCUGAGCAAGCUGACUUGGCGGACUUGCACGAGGAUGUGCCCCUUCUCAACAAGCGCGGGCCCGCCAGGGUUGAUUUCAUCUUGUCGCCGACCGCACCGACGCCGGCUCCCACGCUGGACGAGGCGUUGAGCCAGACGAGCCUGGACUCGGCCACGAACGAUGUGUUUACCGUGCCGGCCAGUCUAGCCGGGCUACCUGCCAUUAGUUUACCGGUAGAUAUGAAAGAAGAUGUCCAUGGGGUCGGACGCUUUGCUGGGAUCCAGAUCAUCGGGCAAUACUGGGAUGACGCCCGGUUGCUUGAUGUGGCCGUUGCUUUGAGGGGGGUGCUUGGUCGGGGCUUGGUAUGAACAAGUAUGCAAAACGAGACGAGGUGGCUCUCUCGUUUUGUGCUUGAUCAUGUAUUAUACUAUUACAUAACGAAAUAUUUCAUUUUGAGCCAUACCCCUC